GUCACCGAAGAAGAAAGUACGGAAGUUUGCGUCGUACGAGAUAAAACAAGCGUGCAGGCGAGGUGGAGCUUAACGGUGUCAUCUAGAAGGUUCUGGCAAGAGGCAAGGUUUUUACUCUGAGAGGAAUAUAUUUGGCGUUUAAAAUGUCUCUUAUUUCCGAGGAAAAUGUUCGAGGUGGGAGCGUUUUCAGGGAUCUUAGUGCGGACGACGAAGAGUGGCAGCCCACCGAGAUAGAGAGCCUGUGUAUGAACUGCUACCAGAACGGUACGACCCGUCUGCUCCUUACUAAAAUCCCCUUCUUUAAAGAAAUCAUCGUGAGCUCCUUCAGUUGCACUAACUGCGGCUGGUCAAACACUGAGACCCAGUCUGCGGGCCGGAUCCAUGACCAGGGCGUCUGUUACACACUUAAAGUCAAAUCAAAGCAGGACUUGAACCGUGAGGUUGUGAAGGCGGACUGUGCGAAAACCAGCAUCCCCGAGCUGGAUUUUGAAAUCCCUCCUUUCACCCAGAAAGGUUCGCUUUCUACCAUCGAGGGGCUGUUGGAUCGAGCAGUGGCUGGGCUGGAGCAGGACCAGCCUGCCAGGAGGGCUUCCGAGCCGCAGGUGGCAGAGAAAUUAGAUGAAUUCAUCCAGAAGCUGAAGAAGCUCAAGGAUGUUGAACACGAAUUCACGCUAGUGAUUGAGGAUCCAUCGGGGAACAGCUUUGUAGAAAAUCCUGUAGCGCCUCAAAAGGAUGAGGCUCUCACUGUGACCCGGUUCAAGAGGACUGUCCAGCAGGACCAGCAGCUGGGAAUACGGGCUGAUGAUGACCUGGAGGAAGAGCCAGCAGGUAACGACUUGGACACUAUGAGAGGGGAGGUCCUGGUCUUCCCCACAAACUGCCCUGAGUGCAACGCACCUGCCUCCACUAACAUGAAGCUAGUCCAGAUCCCCCACUUCAAGGAGGUCGUCAUCAUGGCCACCAACUGUGACAGCUGUGGCCACCGGACCAAUGAGGUCAAAUCUGGUGGAGCUACAGAGGAGCUCGGAACCAAGAUUACGCUGCAGGUCACUGACGCUUCAGACAUGACCCGAGAUGUUCUCAAGUCAGAGACAUGCUCUGUCCUCAUCCCUGAGCUGGAGUUUGAACUGGGAAUGGCAGCUCUGGGGGGAAAGUUCACUACACUGGAAGGCUUGCUGGAAGACAUCAAGGACCUGACCGUCUCCAAAAACCCCUUCGUCUGUGGUGACAGUAGCGACACUGAUCGAGUGGAGAAGCUAAAGGAGUUUGGAGAGAAGUUAGAGAAGAUCCUCGCUGGAGAAAUGAAAGUGCACAUUGUCCUGGAUGAUCCAGCAGGGAACAGCUAUGUGCAGAAUGUGUACGCUCCAGAACCAGACCCUGAGAUGACUGUGGAGAAGUACACCCGCACAUUUGAGCAGAAUGAAGAGCUGGGUCUGAAUGACAUGAAGACUGAAAAUUAUCAAGAAGCAAAGUAAACUGAAUGGAGCAGCUCAAAAGACUGAAUGCACUUGGGAAAGAAUUGGAAACGUCUCGACAUAGACCCAGUGUUAUAUUACUCCAUGUUUUCUCUCAUUUUCAUGUUUUACUUUAAAAACUGGGUGAAUUAUUGCUUUCAAAAAGCCUUGUCUUAUACUUAAACAAUUCUAAGUUGUUGAAAUGUGCGAUAAUUAAACAAUGUACAUAAAGAAAACCUGAUUUGUAAAAACACAAAUGCUUGUGGUUAAUAAAGAGUAAGGUUGACUCAAAA